AUGGUUAAUCAUUCAAGGAAGGAUUGGUCUUUAAAAUUAGAUGAUGCAUUGUGGGCCUACCGCACUGCAUACAAGACUCCCAUUGGAACAACCCCCUUUUGCUUGGUUUACGGGAAAUCAUGCCACCUCCCAGUUGAGCUUGAAGACAAGGCCUAUUGCGUGAUAGAAACCCUGAACUUUAACUUAAAAGAUGCUAGAGAAAAAAGACUUCUACAGCUCAAUGAACUGGAUGAAAUUAGGCAAGAUACCUACGAGAAUGCCAAGAUCUUUAAGGAUAGGACCAAAAGAUGGCACGACAGGCACAUAAUCAGGAAAGAAAUCAAAGAAGGAGACCUUUUCCUGCUGUUCAACUCAAGACUAAAGCUCUUCCCAGGAAAGCUGAUGUCAAAAUGGUCCAGACCCUUCAAAGUCGCUAAAAUUUUCCCUCACAGAGCAGUAGAAAUAUGGAGUGAAAUCUCCGGUACCUUCAAAGUUAAUGGGCAGAGAUUGAAGCCAUACUUCUCAGGAGAUACACUUGAGAAAAGAUUCACACAAUCCUACUGCAAUCCUCCAAUUCAAUCAUAA